GUGAAAAUUUCAUUCGCAAAAUUUUCACCACAUUUUUUGUGUUGUGCCGUUUGUCGCGUUAAUUAUAAAUUUGGCUUAGAAUAUUUUGUUACGACUAUUAUUUGUUUCUUGUAACCAACCUAAUAGUAAGAAGUCCAAGCCGAAUUGCAAUGACUAGUCCCUUUUCUGUGCGCUGAAAAUACCCGUAACAUCUGCCCUGCCUACUUUUUACGGUAUCCCAUCGAACGUAAUCAGAGCAAAAAAAUUGCGAGGUUCGGUUAUCGACACCACUCAGCCAGUAACUGUUGCAAGAAUGUUGGAUUCAGAAGAUGAUUGCCAAGCGAAGCAGCAGCAGGAAGCUGAUAAAAAUACGGGUAAUGAGUUUCCGGUUAAAUCAAUUACAAGCACAGAAGCUUCAACCGAAGAUGCUAAUAAGUUGAAGGAUUUACAACAAGAGCUGAAAAGAGUGCGCGAAGAGUUCAAUCAACAGCGAGCAAAAAUGAAGGACUUAUUUCUUGCAAAAGAAGCGGAAUGCAAACGAUUUAUAAAGGAAGCUGCUAUAUCCCGGAAAGAACUGGAGGAAGCCAAAUCGCAAAUGAUGGUAAUGGAGUACAGCCGAGAGAAAGAUCUGGAGGACCAGAACCGGCGGGCACAGGAGGAGAUUCAGACCCUGCAACAGUUGGUGCAGGAUACAGUCGACGAGUCAACCUACAGCCACGCAGAAAUUCGCCGCCUAGCGGAUGAGAACGAGCGAUUGCGAAUAGAACAACAGGAACUAAAAGAGUCACUGGCUGCCGCUCAACAGGAUACACCACCGGGACUGGCACCAGUUUUGAAUCAGGCAAAGAAGAUAAUUCGUAAACUAGGGGCUGCCGAUACCGGUAGUCACGACAACCUGGAGGACUCGAUGCGGAAGGUAAACAAAUAUGCUCAAGAAGAUGCCGAAGUUUUACGGUCUUUGGUAGUUCCGUUGGAAGAGGAAAUCAAAACAUUAAAGGAAAAACUACGUCGUGCCUACGAAGAGAUGGAGUCCCAGCGAGGAAAGGAUAUAGUCAAUCAGCCGGAGUCUGCGUUGGUUGGAAUGUUGAAAGAAGCUAGGGGUGAAACCGAUUCCGAAGCAACGAGAGAAACGGCACCCUCACCGGCUGCGACGUGCGAGAUGUGCUCCAACUACGAGAUGAAAUUGGUUCAAUGUCAAGAGCAGAUAAAUGGUGAAAAGCAGAAAGUGCAGCAAUUGGAGAAGAGUGUCGAACGGAUGAAGGAGGAAUUGGCCAAAGAGGGUGCUAUGCGCGGUGAUUUGGAAGCUCAGUGGCAACAGAAACGUGAGGAGCAUAAAGCGGAAGUGCUCCGGCUGAACGAGCUGACCGGCCGAGCCGAACAGGAACUGACCAAGCUGAGGAAAGGCUACGGUCAACUGAAGCAGAGCGUCAACGAUGAACUGCAGAAGCUGACGGACGAACGAGAACAGGUCUAUCGACACCUGGACAUGCUCCAGAAGGAUAAUGAUUUUCUCUCAGGCAAAUAUCUCGAAAACUCGGAAAUGCUCAAGGAUCAGGAGAUUAAUCUUCCACAAAGUAUCGAUGAGCUGCACGAGCUGGUGCUAACACUACACGAGAAUCUGAUCGUUACUAAGGCGGGAUGUGAAUUUGCGGAACGCAAAACGCUUAGCAUGCAGGACGAAGUAGCGUUACUUCGAGACCAGCAGCACUCUCGCGAACGCGAUCUACGUCGGGUCGAGCGGGACUAUUCAAAUAAGCUUACACAGCUUGAAGAGCAGCUGCGACAGCAGUAUCAGCACUAUCAACGGUUGGCUGCCCACAAGGAAGAUUUAGAACGUGCAGAGGGCGAAAGUAAACGUCAAAUUUCGGAAUUGCGGAUGCAAACAAUCGAAUUACAGGCCACCAACGAGAAACUGGACAAGCAAAACGUUGAUUUGCGAACCAAGAUGAGCGUACUGCAGGAGGAUCUCGCCAACAACGAGGCGGUGCAGAAGGAUUUCGUUAAACUAUCUCAAUCACUGCAGAUGCAGCUGGAGAAAAUCCGCUCGGCCGAUACGCAGGUACGCUGGCAGGACGAGGAAGAUGUGGACCAGUGUCCCAACUGUCGGAAGGAAUUUACGGUGACGAGACGAAAGCAGCACUGUCGUCACUGCGGAACCAUCUACUGUCAGCCGUGCCUGGCUAAGACGGUUCCCAGCGGUCCCAGUCGGCGACCGGCGCGGGUUUGCGAUGUGUGCCAUACGCUGCUCGUACAGGAUACGGCACCGUAUUUCAGCAGAGAACCGCCGCAAUCGCCCUAAUCCGCUGCAUUGAAUGCUUAUCGUUUGUUACGCUAUGGAACAUUGUUCAGAGCUGUGACCCGGGGGUAGUAGCAAUUUCCAACACUCGACAGCAGAUAACCGUUUAGAAUCCAAAGUGCUAGAAGUGAUGAUAUCGUUGCGUAAUAUGUUUUAUUCUUUAAAUUAAAGUUUUAGUGUAAAUUUUCCUUCACUUGGU